AUGCGGUGCCGUCGCACGGUGCAAAGGAUCUGGUCGAAUAUCCAGGACAGGUACGUCGUCAUCAACCGCACCGGCAGAGGGCGCAGCAGUCACUGCGCGCAGAAGUGCGGACAGCCGGUCGUCUUCCGUCGCAGCGACGUCGAGUUUGCUCGCGUCUGGAUGACCAUCUGGGCUUCUCUCUGCUUCCUCUCAUCCCUCUUCACCGUCGCGACCUUCUCGCUCGACGCGUCGCGAUUCCGCUACCCGGAGCGCCCCAUCGUCGCCAUGGCGCUCUGCUACAUGCUCUACUGCGUCGGCUACUUCAUCCGCCUGCGCGCCGGUCACGCCGCCGUCGCCUGCGACGCGCGCGUGGCGCCCUCCGACGGCGGGCCGAUCCUCAUCCAGGAGGGCCUCGAGAACACGAAAUGCGCCGUCGUCUUUCUCCUGCUCUACUACUUCGGCAUGGCCGGCGCGCUCUGGUGGGUGAUGCUGGCGCUGACGUGGUUUCUGGCGGCGGGGCUGCGGUGGCCGCACGAAGCCGUGGCGCGCCACUCCAGCUACUUCCACCUCGCGGCCUGGGGCGUCGCCGCCGUCAAGACCAUCGUCAUCCUCGUUCUGCGCGAUGUCGACGGCGACGAACUAACGGGCCUCUGCCACGUCGGCAACCAAUCGCGCGGCUCGCUGCUCGGCUUCGUCCUCGCGCCGCUCGUCGCCUACCUCGCGAUCGGCGCGGCGCUGCUCGCCGCGGGCGUGGUGGCGGCCGCCAGGGGGCGCCGCCGCGGCGAGAAGCUGGACGCGCGACUGGUGCGCGUCGCGGUGUUCGCGAUGCUGUACCCGAUCCCGGCCGCGUGCGUCGUCGCGUGCCACCUCUACGAGUACGUGAACCGCGACGCGUGGACGGCGCCGCUAGGGGGCGCCGCCGGCGGCGUGGCGGCGGCCGUGCCCAACGUCGAGAUGUUCAUGCUGAAGACGUUCAUGUGUCUCGUCGUCGGCCUGACGUCCGGCGUCUGGGUGUGGUCGCGGCGGACGAUCGACGCGUGGCGCCAGCUGGCGGACCGUCUCACGCUGCACCGCUUCGGCAAGAAGAGGGCGCCGGGGGUCGGGCGCGACUUCGAGCGCGCCGGCGCCGCGGCGCAUCAGCAGCGCCCCCCGGUGCACUACCGCACCGUCAUCGCCGUCGUCGACGCAAAGCGAAACAAGAGCAGCGGCAGCGAGACCGUCGUGUGA